UUGUCGCUGUUCAUUGUUGGUGUACAAGAUCUAUAAUAAUUCUGGAACAAUCUGGGAAUAUAAAAAAAAAGUAUUUUUAGCACUAUUAACAUAUUUAUUUAUUGCUUAGAGACUCAGGUUGAAAUCUCAAAAUCAAUCAAUCAACUUGCUGCUGAGAAAGAGUUUUUGACAGACAGAGACUUUCUAGAUAGAUUAUGACAGCUGGGAACAUGUCGAAAGCGGCGAACUAUUAACCUCUAUUUUAACAACAACAAGUGAAAGACGUAGCUUGUCACGCACACAAAAGUAAUAAACCUGGCCUGCAUUUGUCAUGCCUUGCCUCACAGCAAGAAGCUCUAUCAAUACGUAUAAAUUCGACCUUUCCUUUUUUAUAUAGGUAAGGCAUUAGUAUAAACUCAAUCUUUUAAGUCUAAGCAAAUAAAUACAUACAUUCAAAUUCAACGAUUUUGUGUGCAUCAAAAAAAAAUUGUUAGAUAGGUAUUUAGAAAUUAAUAUCGUUAGUAAUCUCCAAACAUCCGGUAGUUUUUCAAAAAUAAAACAGCGCACAUAAUUUAUAAGCUUACUUUGAAUUUUAUUACACAAUCAAGAACCCUCUUGGAACAUAAAUAAAAUGUUAAUACAAUUUAUAAUACUGUUUUAUUGUAUCUUAUAUAUUACUGAACCUCAAUCUUUUGUGGGUUGUACGGAGCUUCACCAUAUUUCAUUAUGAUUAAGAGUCUGAGACGGUAUUUAAAAAUCAAAGUUUUAUCCUGUUGUAUAAAUAUUAUGCAAACAAGAUUGUAUUUUGUAUCCGUACAAUUUAAAUCAAUAAUUUUAUUAGGCUAAGGCUACAUUAGAGUUGUUGAUUAUAUUAUUAAAAUUGAGAUUAACUUAAUAGAGGUAAGACAAACUCCCGUUAAUUUAUCAAUGAUACGGGACUCAAACCGGCGACCUCUCGGGUUCUGUUGUUCGAGUGACUCAUGGAUCGUAAAUCUUGGAAUGUCUUGUUCAACUCUCAGGUUGUGGCUUUAUCUACAGGAUCUACUUUAUAGUCGAUAACCUGCUCAAUCCCAAUAAUUGCAUAUUAGGAAAUUGACUUGACAUGUCGCUAUUUCAAUAUAAAAAAUUUGUAAUUUUAAAGUGAUAACCCUCAAUUCUGAGAUUAGUUAAAUUAAAUUUGUUUUUCAUUUCAUUUUAUUCAUUUGAUUUUUAUUUCAUAAUGACGUUAUUAUGAGCUUAGUACCAGUUUUGUGUUUUAAUAAGCGUAGGCGAAACCGCUAAUAAUAGCUUUCCUAUAAAGCCUAGCUUCAGGUUGUGGUCACAGGAGCAUUGCCCUCAUUCCAGUCCGGAGGCUUAGAGUAUCAGGAUCUUUGCUUCUUGUGAUUUCAAAUAAUAAUUAUGUGGAAAGUAUUUGUGACUGUGUUGGUAAUAUGUGUAUGUAUUCAGGCGCAUAUGCUAGAAGCGAAUGAAAAACAAUUGGUAUCGUUAACGGACACUACGGAGGAUUAUUCAGAAGAAAUUUUUGAAAGCCAACGAAAUAGAUGCAAUUGUCGCUGCGGUGAAAGAAACGAGGCUUCUCGAAUAGUUGGAGGUGUGGAGACCAGCGUCAAUGAAUUCCCCUGGGUGGCUCGCUUAACGUACUUCAACAAAUUCUACUGCGGUGGAAUGAUCAUCAAUGAUAAAUAUGUUAUGACUGCUGCGCAUUGUGUUAAAGGCUUAAUGUGGUUUAUGAUAAAAGUAACCCUUGGCGAACAUAAUCGAUGCAACGAGACGCACAGGCCAGUGACUCGAUACGUAGUCCAGGUACUGGCUCAUAACUUCACCUAUAUCGACUUCAGGGACGACAUUGCGUUGUUGAAGCUCAAUGAAAGGGUAGAAAUUACGAAUACUGUGAAGCCAGUGUGCCUACCUCACAAUGAUGAGAACGACUAUAUUGGUGUAAAAGCUAUAGCUGCCGGCUGGGGAUCUAUUGGAGAACAGAGAAACCAUUCCUGCAACUUAUUGGACGUAGAGCUACCCAUAAUGAGUAAUGAUGAUUGUAAGAAAACUAAAUAUGAAUCUUCAAUGAUUGUUGAUGGAAUGCUAUGUGCUGGUUACCCCGACGAAGGAAAGAAGGACACUUGCCAGGGCGACAGUGGGGGUCCAUUAUCUGCUGAAAGGAAAGACAAAAGAUAUGAACUUUUAGGCAUUGUGUCCUGGGGUAUUGGAUGUGGAAGACAAGGAUAUCCUGGAGUAUACACUCGUGUUACGAAAUACUUGUACUGGAUCAAACACAACGCCAGACACGGCUGUUUUUGUAGAGACUGAAGUACCCGAAUAGACAAUACUACUCAAUAUCAUUUUAUACCCGUAUCUCAUAUGUCGUAACAUUUUACCAAAUUUCAAUUUUCUUCAGUGACCAGUAUCUUUUAAUUAAAAGGCCCGCAUAUUACAACAUUAUUUCUAUUAUAUUGUUCUGUUUGUUUAAAUACUGCACAGAGAGUAUCUAAAUCUUCUAACAUUGAUGUAUUUUUCUGUAAUAAAAACUAUUUUAUA